AUGUCCUUGAUCCCUGGCAGCGAUGUGUUUAGCUCUUCGUUUUGCACUGCCGAUGCUCGUCCCGUCUUCGUUAUCAACCCCACCUUUUCAAUCAGCCUGCGAGAAACUGGUCGAUCUGAAAAUGCAUUUCUCCAAGUUACUUUCUAUCAAGAGGGUAGGAGUUUCUUGAGCGACUUGGCAAAUUCAGGUGCAAAAGCUCAUCCCAUCGGGGAAAGCUUAUUCCACAACCCCAGGUUGUAUCUCCUCCCCACGUUCUCUCAAAGGCUGUGGCAUUUUCAUCCGGGGGUCUUCCACCCCGCCCAAGACUUCAAGAAUCUUCUCUUCUGGAUAUUCCAAGCCCUCAAAGCAUACUCUGCUGGUUCUAGGGAUCGAAUGGCGUCUGGCACGGACACCAAACUCCUCUUCAUUCCGUACCGACCGCCGAGAGGGACCAAACAAACCCCGGCUGUUUCAGGCAUAUCACCGCAGAAGCAUGCUGCACGCGAGUAUCAUAGAAAAGCAAAGUUAGCCCGACUUGCUCGAGCAUAUGCAAACAGCAGCCAGCAUAUGCGUGAGCCGGGUACAGCGCUUCACGCCGAAUCAGGGCUACGAUCUCAGCGACAAGCCGAGAAUGAAACCUUGACAAGCAGAUUGGACACGAGGCUAGACAAAGAGAACGCUUUCCCCUUUAGGACAGAAGGCUCUCAUCUUUCAUCACCACUCGAUGUUGGCGUAGGCCAACUAGACCCAUUCAAUGUCCUAAUUCGACCCAACGUGCCUCAUUAUGUGCAAGAGAUGCUAGACCAUGCUGUCUCCCACCAAUGGCCUGUGUUCUCCUGUUCCAUCGCUGCUACAGCAAUUAGUGAGAUCAAACACACGAUCCUAGCAAGUGCGAUGCGUUCGCCUGCGGUGUUCUACACCAUCGUCUUCGCGGGCGCCACGCACAACGCCUUUGCCCACACCGGCAUGCAGAUCACUCGUGAAAACCAAGUGCUCCGUCUGACAUACAAGACCCACGCAAUCAGAGCCCUGAACCAAGAAAUCUCGCGCACACAGAAAAGUGUCUCAGACGAGCUUCUCCUCUGUAUGGUGACGCUCGGAUUCCAUGGGUCCGGCGAGACUCUGAUGCCCAGGGCUCAAGCAGCGAACGACUCCCCAUUACUGGUCGCGCAGAAUUUCCAUUUCUACGGCCAUAUGGACUGGGAAACUGCACACUUGAACGCUGUCAAGACGAUGAUUAAGCAAAGAGGUGGAUUUCAUACCAUCGAGCAGGAGUUUUUGUCGAAUGUCAUUGCAUUAGCGGACGUGAUAGACGCUUUCAAGAACCUCACUGCUCCAACAUAUCCAUUACGUAUCACUACGGCAAGAUUGAUGGCCAUCUGGCCUUAUCCGGCUCCCAACACCGUGCCACAUGUACUUCGAAUGAUGACGACCGGCUUCGCCACCCUGCCACCAUCAGUGCAGCGGGACCCUCUCAUGUGGACAAUUGAAACCAUCCGCGACGUGACUAUCGGCUACGAUCUGUCCAGGCGAAACGACCCAACUGCCCCUCGUCAUAUCCACGUCGUGUGGGCAAGGAACACGCUGCUGCACGAUCUACUACGCCUUCCGGAUAGGACGUGGGACAACCCGCGGAGUUGCGAUUUAUGCGUCUAUGAGAUCUGCCGUCUCAGCACAUUGGCUUACAUGCUCCUGGUGCUGUUUCCUCUCCCUCGGAUCUCAGGGCUGCACUAUGCUUUGGCACAGCGGAUUAAGCAUGCUCUCGAUGGCUGUCUCAUUGUCGGAUUGUGGGAAAGUCACCCUGAGCUGUUCCUAUGGGCAACAAUUCUCGGUGGCAUUCUCGCCGAGGCAACAGCCCUGAGACCAUGGUAUGGCCAACUUGGAGUCAAGCUUUGCCAGGAGCUGGAUCUGAGUUCAUGGCAUGAUCUGAAGCGUAUAUGCUUGACAUUUUUGUGGUACGACCAAGACUGUGAGAGACUUGGCGAGGAAUUUUGGGGAGACUUGGGCAUGUAUACAUGGCCGAAUCUGGGGUCGACCGUCGCCUGA